AUGGGGUUGGAGAGUAGUGUAAUCUUCAAACAAGACUCAUUAUUUUGCAAUGAAUCUCAUAACGGGUAUGGGUACGGUUACGGUUACGGGUACGAAUCUGAAAGCAAGAUGGAGCCUAAUUAUUGGUGUCAAUCUUCUAAUUCGGUCGCUAAUAUUUCCGCUCCUACUAGCGUGGUGGAGCCGGGGGCGGUGGGACGGAGAAUGAAGAGGCGCCGAACAAAGAUCUUCAAGGACAAACAAGACGUUGAGAACCAGAGGAUGACUCAUAUAGUUGUCGAACGUAAUCGUCGUAAGCAGAUGAAUGAAUACCUCACCGUCCUCCGUUCUUCAAUGCCUCCUUCGUAUGCUCAAAAGGGUGACCAAGCAUCAAUAGUUGGAGGAGCUAUCAAUUUUGUGAAAGAACUUGAACAUUUGGUCCAUUUAUUGGAGGCCAACAAGCAAAUGAAACAAAAACAAACACAAAACUAUCAAUCUCAUUCCAACGAUGGUAUUCUCGUCCCACGUUUCUUCGCUUUCCCUCAAUACAAGAUACCGAAUGCAGUGGCAGACAUAGAAGUCACGGUGGUAGACUCUCACGCUAACGUCAAAGUGAUGAUGUCGAAGAAACAACCAAAACAUCUAUCGAAAAUGGUGGCAGGUUUCCAUUCCAUGGCUCUAUCGAUCCUCCAUCUCAAUGUCACCACAAUUCUUCAUCACAGCGUUCUCUACUCUUUUUGUGUCAAGGUGGAAGAUAAUUGUGGUCUUUCGUCGACGAAUGAGAUCGCGAGCUAUGUGCACCAAAUGGUGGCGAGGAUCCAAGAGGAAGCAAGUUGA